AUGGAAGGAAGAAUAAUCUGCUUGGUCGUCCUGUUGGGACACUAUGGAGGAGAAGCUGCAACUCCUCCUCUCACAACUGAAAGUUCUUCAAGUGACGAUUUCCUUACAACCAGGGCACCUCCUUACUCGAAUGCUCCUACUUCAACUUCAGACCUUGAACCAUGUAUAAAGGUGUCAGGGAAAGAUCUUAUGGAGCUCUUUAACUCACCUGUGUACAAAGCUGAGUGGAUGGUGAAGCCCCUGGAGGAUGUGCCUGUGAUCGUGGGUCCCAUUGCCCACUCAGGAGUCUGUGUGACCUUGUGUGAUAAAUUCCAGUGGCUCAUUCACAAUGUCGCUGGUGAGGGCACAAGGGUGACGAGGGCCUCCCACAUAUCGGAUAAGUGGUCGAUACUAAGCCCCCACUGA